AUGACCGCGGCGAUGACCGCGCUUUUGUUGGUACUCCUGCUCUCGGUUGCGGCGCCUGCAUCUGGGAUUGCCGCGCUCGCCCGCCCUGCACUCGGUGGGCACAAGGUAGCUGCGAGCAGGCGUCGCCUCGAGCAGCAGCCCGUCUCGCUUGCCGUGGCCUUCGACGGCGGCGUUUUGGCGGCCAUCACGCCGGCGGCAUUGGGCCGGGAUGCUGCGAGCGCGUCAGUGUGCGCGGGUGCGGCCUGGAUGUGGGUCGCUUUCUGGUCGAAGCUCGCCGCCGACGGCCGCAUCCAGCCCAAUCUCUCGCGCAAGAUCAUCCACACCGGCAGCGCACCGCUAUUCAUGCUAUGUUGGCCUCUCUUCUCGCCAGCGCCGUCAGCGCCCAUCCUCGCCGGUGCGGUGCCGCUCCUGCAGAUCAUUCGCCUGUACCGCGCCGGGAGGGCGCAGCCAGCCCAGCCGACGCCCGUCGGCGCCGCCGAGGCCGACGACACCGCCGACCUCGUCAAGGCCAUCUCUCGGAGCGGCUCGCGCUCCGAGGCCCUCGGCGGCCCCUUCCUCUACACGCUCGUCCUGCUCGUCGCCACUGUACUUGGGUGGCGGAGCCCGGCGGCCGCCGUCGCAAUCUGCCAGAUGGCCGUUGGCGACGGCGUCGCAGACAUUGUCGGGCGGCGGUAUGGCUCUGUCAAGUGGCCCUUCUCGCCGUCGAAGAGCGUCGCGGGCAGCGCCGCGUUUGUGGCGAGCACAGCCGAGACCGAGAUCGAGCCGCCUCCCGCCCGUCGCACAAAGCCCCGGGCCGCGAGCGCCUUCAGCGCGUCGCUCGGACUCAUCAGCCUCUUCCACGCCUUCGGCUUCACCGCUCUCACCGCGGCCGCGGCCGCGCCCGCCGUCCUCCUGAUCUCGCUCCUCUCGGCGCCCGUCGAGCUGCUGCCGACGUGA